GACCGCAGGGGAGGGGGCGGUUGGCAGCUGGCAGCGCCUGGCGCGAGGGGGAAGCCGUCGCGGAGGGGCCCUACCGGAGGGAGGCGCCGCCAGCCGGCCGUUGGGAGAAGCCGGCGGCCCCGUGCGCGGGCAGCUGGAACAUGGCGAGCGCAGGCAGCGCAGCGGAGGAGGGCGCUGGCGAGGAGGAAAACUUUGAAGAUGCCUUUGAAAGUAUCCCAGUGGCAUCCAAGAUGGAUCUCAAGUGUGCGCUGGAAGAAUGUUCAAUGGCACUGAACUUAUUUCUAAGUAAUAAAUUUUCUGAAGCCCUGGAAUUACUUCGGCCAUGGUCUAAAAACAGCAUGUACCAUGCCCUUGGCUAUAGCACUAUUUUAGUUAUGCAGGCUGCUAUGACCUUCGAGCACCAGGAUAUCCAAAUGGGGAUUUCUACAAUGAAGGAAGCUUUACACACCUGCCAAAGAUUCAGGAAAAGAAGCACAGUGGUAGAGUCUUUGUCUAGUCUGGUUUCUAAACAGUCAAUGGAUCAGCUAAGUGAAGAGGAAAUGCAUGCAGAAAUCUGUUAUGCUGAAUGUUUGCUACAGAAAGCAGCACUCACAUUUGUACAGGAUGAAAAUAUGAUCAACUUUAUCAAAGGUGGCCUCAAAAUUAGGACAAGUUACCAAAUAUACAAAGAAUGCCAUCAGGUGCUACAGAUGACUCAGGGCAACAAAAAUAAGAAUGAAACCUACCAUCAGUUUGAAGGAGGAGUAAAACUUGGAAUAGGAGCAUUCAAUUUGAUGCUGUCCCUUUUACCAGGAAGGAUUCUCCGACUUCUAGAAUUUAUUGGGUUUUCUGGCAAUAGGAAAUUGGGCCUCCAUCAGCUGCAGGAAGGUGCUUCUGGUAGCAGUUUGAGGGCCAUACUGUGUACUUUUACCCUGCUGGUAUAUCAUACUUACGUCUCUUUAAUCCUUGGUAUAGGGGAAGCCAAUCUUCAGGAAGCAGAGACUCUUCUUGAACCCUACCUCCAGAAGUUUCCAAAUGGUUCCAUCAUUUUGUUUUAUGAUGCCAGAAUAGAUAUACUGAAAGGAAAUUUUGAAAAGGCACAGUCAAAAUUCCAAGAAUGCAUUGCUGCUCAGCAAGAGUGGAAACAGAUUCAUCACCUCUGUUAUUGGGAACUGAUGUGGUGCUAUUCGUUCCAGCAGAACUGGCUUCAAGCGUAUCGAUAUGCAGACCUGCUCUGCAAAGAGAGCAGGUGGUCUAAGGCAAUAUAUGUAUUCCAGAAAGCUGCAAUUUUGUGUAUGCUUCCAGAUGAGGAUGUGAAAACAACUGGAGAAGAUAUUGUGUCUUUGUUCAGACAAGUGGAUGGUCUAAGACAAAGAAUUGCAGGAAAAUCUAUCCCAACAGAAAAGUUAGCAGUGAGGAAAGCUCGACGUUAUAAUGGUGCUCAGCCAGUGAAGCUUAUACUACCUGCCCUGGAAAUGAUGUACGUCUGGAAUGGAUUUGCAAUCAUAGGCAAAAGGGCUGACCUCACAGAAAGUUUACUGAUAACAAUUGAGAAAGAAGAAACUGCUUUACAGAAUCAAACUAGUCGCACUGAAUAUUUUAUAGAUGACUUGUGCUUGCUGCAGUUACUAAAAGGCCUUUGUUUGAAACACCUAGGAAGACUCUUGCAAGCUGAGCUGUGUUUUAAUCAAGUUAUCCAAAGUGAGAAGCAGAUAAAAUAUGAUAACUAUUUGGUGCCAUUCACUCUGUAUGAGUUGGGACUUCUAUACAAACAGCAGGACCAGAGAGAGAAAGCAAUAAGAUAUAUAGAAAUUGCAAAAAACAACUACAAAGAAUACUCCAUGGAGUCCAGGUUACACUUCAGGAUUCAUGCAGCACUUGACAGCCUGAAAAUGACUCCAGCUUCUACACCUUGACUUAGCUGAAGGGUGAUCUUUUUCCAUGAAUUCAAGUGUCUACGUGAUCUUGGUUGAAUGUUUUUAAAAAAUCAUGUAAAUGACAGAAUGAAAAAGAAACAACUAAUUAUUAUAUUUUCUAUCAUCUGUGAUUUGAUGUUUGUCAUCCUUUUAGGCUGUUUUUUCUUAUGGUUAAAGCUAUGAUUAUAUCACAGAGGUUACGGAAGUCAUGGACUGUGUGACUUCCAUUGAUCUCUGACAUUUUCUGCCCUGGGUUGGAGCUCCCAGCCCCUCCCCCGUGGCUCCCGAACUGGUGGGGGUACCCUGCAGCUGCCCAGGCCCAGCAGGGGACCCCCCGAAGCUGCCCAGCCAUAGCAGUGAGUGGCAAGGGGAUUCCCUGCUGCUGCCCAGCUGCAGCGGGUAGGUGGCGGACUCUGCAGCUGUCCAACCUUGGUGGGCGGCAUGGGACCCCUCCAAAGCUGCCCAGCCACGUCUGGCUAUGGGGAUUCCCCUCAGCUACCCAGCCAUGGCAAGUGGCUGGGGACCUGCAUCUCCCAGCCAUGAUGGGCGGCAAGAGACCCAGCGGUGAGGGGACCCCGCAGCUCCCACUCCCCACAGCAGCAGGGGAUCCCAGAGCUCCCACUGAUUGC